GCAUCGACGCGCCAAUAAGCGUCUCCCAGGAAGGGAUGGUUUAUUUCACUGAUCGACUUUCCGAUGACCUAAGGCAAAAACGACGUGAACAAUUAUUGGCUGUGACCGAGGACGAUGUUAAAUAUGCUGCAAUCACGUAUCUAAAGCAACACGAAACAAAGAGAGAUUAUUCCAUAGCUAUCAUUGGUGAGGAAAAUGAAGAAAUUGAAAAGAAUAAUGAAUAUAAUGUUUACAGGAUGAAAAUCGAUGAAGCUAAAGAAAGUUGA